AUGCCUGAAUUGCCUGAAGUCGAAACUGUCCGACAAAUUUUAAUAAGUUCGGGAAUAGUUAAUCAAACUAUUCAAAAAGUGGAAAUUUACAGUAGUAAAUUAAUUAAGGAAAUAAACGAAAAAGAAUUUGUUGACCUAUUAUUAGGACAAACUAUUCAUAAAUUAGAAAGAAAAGGAAUGACCGGAAAAUAUUUUGUGAAUGAAAGUCUGCUCUCUUUAGAACAAAAAGAAGCAGUUAGUUUAAUUUUUCACCUAGGAAAUGGACAAAAGUUAAUUCAUUGUGAUGCUCGUCGAUUCGGGAGUUUUCGCUUACAAAAUCUAACUGAUUAUCAACAACUAAAGCCUUACAAAGAUAUUGGAAUUGAUUUACUUAGUGAACCAGUAGAGGCAAAAUUUCUUUUUAGUCAUUACCAAAAACGUAAAAUUCCUAUUAAAAUUGCUUUGUUAGAGCAAGAUGUUAUUAGUGGAAUUGGCAAUAUUUACGCUUCGGAAAUACUUUUUGUUACCAAAAUCCAUCCUUUAAAGAAAACUAACGAACUUACUUAUUCUGAGGUAGAAAAAAUAGUUUCAGCAGCCCAGUCUAUUUUAAAAGAAGCCUUGAAAUUAGGAGGAACUUCGGCUUUUGACUUCAUUAAUCCUUUGGCUCAAAAAGGUAAUUAUCAAACCAAAUUGAAAGUUUAUGCUCGAACUAAAAAACCCUGUGUGGUUUGCGCUACAUUAAUUGAGAGUAAGGAAGUUAAUGGUAGAGGAACCUUUUUUUGUCCACAGUGCCAAAAAUUGUAA